AUGGCGCCAACCAGGACCAAACAGGACCCAGAGGAUCAGAGGAUUUGCUUGAUUCCUGGCAGUGCGCCAGUGACGCGGGUCGAGGAUGCACCUGGAAAUGCGCGAAGGAUCUACACUGGAAUCGACAUCCGUGCAAGCGUCAACGAUGUCUGGAAGGUGUUAACGGAUUACGAGGGCUUGGCCCGUGUGGUUCCCAACCUGGCCGAGAACUCCAUCGUGGAGGGCCCAGAUGAGCAUGGUGGUGCUCGUCUGUGGCAGAUAGGCCAGGCAUCGUGGACGAUUUGUGGCAAGACCUUCCGAUUCCAAGCUGGGAUGACGUUGGAUGUUAGACUGCAUCCCGAGGGGGUCUGCAGAUCCGGGAUUAAGGUUUGCGGUGAGCGGAUGGAUGCGGCUCACAUGUCGAGCUCAGAGGUCCGAGCCCACGGCAGCAAAGAGAAGCUUAUUCGCGACGUUUUUCCCAGGCCGUUCUCCGUUGCUGCCGACGGGGUGCCGGUUCGGGACAUCACCAUGCAGAACGUCCCGGGGGAGCGCGGGGACUUUGUGCAUUACCAGGGGGUUUGGCGCCUGCAGCCCCUCCUUGGCUGUGCCGAACCAGGAGAAGAGAUGAUGCGUCUCACUUUUGCAGUGGAGUGUCAGCCACACUGGUUUCUUCCAGUCGCGCCGGUCGAAGGCCGCAUCGCCACAGCCCUAGCCGAGAACAUGGAGGCAAUCCGGGACUUCGUGGAGGAGCGCCUGGAGCACGUUACGGAAGCGUCGCGUGCUUUGGCUCCCCAAGCGGGCAAGGUGGACACUGUGCGCCUUGCCCCCAAGUCGCCAUGGACGCGUCAACUGCCUCAGGAGGUGGACUCCUUGGCACGCGCCGCGCAUGCACUGUGGGAGUCUGCCACCAGCACUCAGCAACCCGCGUGGGAGCCGCUGCGGUGCUUGGCAACGAGGACAUCCACUAGCAGUCGGUCACGCUUUGCCGGCAGAACAGCUGCUCACACACAGCCUCGAUCCAGACGACAGGCCACAGCAGAGGAGCUGUGGUCCAUGAGCGAAGCCGUAGCAGAUGCACUUAACCGAGCGGAGAUGCGGCUGAUGGAGCGCGCUGAGGUAGGAGUCGCCUCGGAAAACGCUGCCGGAGCGUUGAGCUCUAUGGCUGCCUCCCUGGCCGAGGCAUCGGCUCCGAUUGCUGCGAGUGCCGAAACUGCUGCAGUGGCCGUGGCCGGCUUGGAGGCGGAGACUGUGCUUACAGCAUCCGCUGUAGCUGCCGUGGCCGCCAUUGCUGCGAGGACGGCUGCCCAGGAAAAAGUCAAGGAGGUGGAACGGGAAUUGGCCGAGCAGAAGCAUUCACUGCAUCUGCAACAAGCCUGGCGUGCAGUGCUUCGACAGCAUCCCGAGGCGGUCUUGGAGAACAACUUCCUGGGGGAACCCUUUAGUUUCGACGAGGUGAAGGAGAGAUGGCCACGUUUCGUGCAAACGCUGGGCAUUUCAGAAGACCAGGCGCUGAAGAUCAUCGAGAUGGACGCCACCCCUCUGCUAGUAGAGUCGGAUGCCGUCUCCGAGGUCUUGGCACGCCUUGCCGCGAUCAGCUCCAGAGAGAAGGCCCUUGAGCUCGUCAACCGCAGCCCCUCUCUCCUGGCUGCCGCACUAGGUGGCAAAAAGGAUGGCAACGGCCUUGGUGUUUCUACGCUGGUCGAUAUGCUGUAUGCAGGCCGCUUGUACAAGGUGCUGGAUCAAGAAGGGCGGGACAAUGCAGGCAAGUUGGCCGAAAUCGAGCUGUAUGCCGGCCUUUUGUCCGCCUUCCGACCCUGUGCGGACCUGAUCCUCUCGGGCCACACAGCUCGAGAUGCAACGGAUGCCACCAGGAGAAUCUUUAGAUCCCUGCAGGAUGCCGCGCCGAACGAGUCCAUCCGAAUCCUACUGCAAGGGGUGGCGGAUGCUCCGGAUCCCUGGGCGUAUUUAGCUGACCAGGCCAAAGCGGGUUUCUCGAUCGGCGGACGGCUCGUGGUGGAGCCGUCUCUGACGAGGAAAAUUCUUCCGCAUUCCACUUCCAUCGUGAGCCAUCUGCCGUCCAUUUACACUCGGUUGUCAAUCCUCGGGCCUCAUGUGCCUAGUAUUGUUCGUAUUUUGGAUCAGUACUUGGACAUCGUGGAGCCGCAUUUGGAUCGGAUAAUGGAGCGAAUGGAUCGCAUCGAGCCACACUUGCCAUAUAUCCUGCUGCACCUGGAUGUGUUGGCAAAGCACUGUGGCCCCCUACUGGACCACUUUGACCUGCUCAUGCCAUACGCAGAGCUAGGUCGCGAGCGUCCUCCCGUUGACUUGGAUCAGUGCUUCGAUGAGCCUCAGAUCGACAAGGUUGAGGAGUGUCUGGUAGACAACCUGAUGGACAGCUGGGAAGGAUCUGCCGCUGCAAGCGUCGAGGAGAACUCCUACCUGCCCAAGCUCCUCCCCUAUGUUGAUUACUUGGUGCCACGCCUGGACGAGCUGGCUCCGCACUUGCCCUUGGCUCAUCCGCACCUGCCCUACGUGCUCCCAUACAUGGAUGACCUGCUCCCAUAUAUCGAGCGCUUCGCUUGCUUCCCCGAGGUAUCAAAGAAUGCUGACGUCCUCAUUGGAUACCUUGGAUGGCUUCUUAGGGUACCUGUGAUUCCCAGGAUCCUCAAGUUCCCCUUGGUACCUCGCAUCAUCGCUUGGAUCAGCGUGCGCCUCCCGCGGCGCCCCAUUCAAGGACAGCUGGAGAAAAUUAGGCGGCGCUAUGAGGAGGCUGAGCGUCGCCAGGCUGCUUUGGCGAGCUCUUGA